AUGAGUUUGAAGCCGGGAAACGGCAUGGCAUAACCUUGUCGCCUAGUUUGGUCUCAUAUAUGGCUGAUCGGGGUCUGCUCGGCGAAUGUUUAGCAACACGAGACGGUGUUGUACUGAAUAUAAACCGGUCUGAAACCAUAUUGUACAGCAAUAUUGUUUUGGAGAUUUAUUGGGAAAGAAAUAGACCGCAGAGAACGAGGAUGAUCCUUGGAUAUGGACCUGGCUUUAAGUACUACCAGCACUACCAGCACUACCCAAAUCGUGGCUAUAAACGACCAAUCGCAAAUAAAGAAAGCGAUGAUUUCCUACAAGAUCGAGCUUCAUCCCGUUUUUAGAGAGCCAGCUACCUUCGUGAGUAAUUAAUUCCUUCCAUGGGUUCCAUUUGUCGUACUGUGGCUGCCGAUCGUCGACGUAUCCGUCGACGACAGAAUGCGGGGAAUGGCGGGGUCACAGGCGUGUUAGGGCAACUUUUAACUUCAGAUCGUGAGCUUGCAUCAUCAAACACCACACUCCAGAGUCACGAGCGAGCCACUCCUCUUACCUCACACUCAGCGGAGUAUAUACCAAUUACACGCAUCCGCCUUUUUUUCAAACCAACAGUCCACCAUACCGGGGCCACGAAUCCAGCGCUUCAACCAUCCAAUCCAAUCCCAAUCCAAAAACACCCAAAACAAAAAAACUACCAGCCCCAGCAACCAACGGCCAACGGUCAGGAACCAACAACCAACAUCCAACAAACCAACAACGCACACGACAAUCCAACAACCACAACCAUUCCUUCCCUCCGCAACCUCACCAUGGCCGACCCCGCCCCCUGGGCUCCCCUCCUCCACACCCACCUCACCCACCUCACCCCCCCAACUUUCACCCUCAGCACCCUCCACCACACACCGUCCCUCACACCGCCCUACAGCCCCCGCGCACGAACCUGCGUUUUCCGGGGAAUGUUCGCGUCCGGCCCACGCGGUGCCGCGAAGGGUCCACAGACGGCCACCUCCGACCUACUCACCUUCACGACGGACGUGCGGUCAGCUAAGGUUCCUGAUUUACUCGGCCCGGGACAGGGGGAUAGGAGGGCGAGUGGUGGGGGAGGAAGGGUGGAGCUUGUGUUUUGGGUGAAGGAGGUGAAUAUGCAAUGGCGGAUACGGGGGGAUGGGUGGGUUCUUGGGCCGGAUGUUGGAGGUGAGGGAGAGGGGGUAGAAGCUGUGAAGUCGGCGCUUAAGGGGAGGUUGAGGGAGGUUGGUGAGGGGUGGGGGUGGGAGGGGGAAUGGGAGAGGCAGUUUGAGGUAAUGGGGAGGGAGUUGAAAAAGGGGUUGGCGGGGCCGCCGCCGGGGGAGGUGAGUAAGGUUGCAGGGGGGGAGUUCGAUGAGGAGAAGGCGAAGGGGAAUUUUAGGCUUGUGGUUGUGAGGCCGGGGGAGGUGGAGUGUGUGGAUCUUACGGACCCUGAGAGUUCGAAGAGGUGGAUAUAUACGUUUGUGGAAGGGGAGUGGAAGAGGGAGGAGCUGAACCCUGGAUUAGGGAGAACCAUGCGACUCGGGAGCUUGUAGACAGUUGAGGUGGAACAGCAGUGCAUAUGAGAAUCAGGGGUUAGGGGCUACAAAAUACUCACGGGAUAAGGACGACUGGCAAAGAAUGGCCUGGCCUUCCACCAGAGAAACAAUAUCUGAGACCAUGAGGCUGAGGAUGUAGAAUUGGCAGCUAAACCGCCAGACCAAAAUAGAGCAUCUGGGCGCUUUUUUUCCCAACUCACUCUUCUAGACCACCGAGUCUCCCAAAAGGACCAUUUCAUCUGCACAGCUUGAUCAAUGGGGCCUUUUGAACGUUACGCUACGAGUCUGAUUUGGAGCCACUGGCAUGACGACAGUAGCUCGCAUAAUGUACAGAACAAACCGUUGUUGCAUUAUGUAGUCCGACCGGAUUAGGCUAAUAUAAUCACUCAAGCGAGACGUCAGCGACGUCCCGUGCCACUCCUCUGCUGUCUGUCGAAGCUCGAGCGCCCAUCGGGGUGCAACACUGGCAGACGUGUCUGUGGUUGGUCGUGCCGGAUUUCUUCGUGGGGGUUGUGGGAGCUGAGGCGUGGAGACAAGGGUUUCCAGGGUCCUGAUGGGAAACCUACAGUUCUUCAAGAGCUGGAUUAUGGAUUGAGGAAAGAUUGGCGGCUUGCUUCUGUGGUGCACACGCAAAUUCAAAUUCUUCAGCGGCGGCGCGAGGUGUAUGGGUAUUUGGAGCGCGCAAACUAGUGGAGUUGUGUCAGAAAGCGAGAGCGAAGCUCUGUUCUCACAUAUGCAGUCGCGACUCGUCAUUUUGGCCUCCAGUGGUGGGGGUUAUGGGUGGUUAUGGAGGCUGACGUUGAGCUCGUUCUACAGCGCCCACCUUGGCGUGCAGGAAGGGUUGGAGAAAAGAGAAGGUGUGGCGAUCUGUUCGCUAGGAUCGGGCGGAAGGGUUCCCCGAUUACGCUUGUGUCUCGUCCGUCUCGUUCUGUCAACAGAUGCCACACACGAUUUCCUCACAGCUUUCUCAGCCGCUUUUUGUGCGGAGUCUGGCGAGAAGAAAGGAAAGGGCAAGAUCUGAGAUUGAUGAGAUACGGGGAUGAAGGUCUCGGCGCUGCUGUGCAACAGGGAAAUAAAUCGACGGCGGGCACCCCGAGGCCUAGUGCGACGAGAAAAGUGUUGGUGCCAUUAAAACACUCUAUUCGCAGAGACUGGGAUGUCGGGAUGUCUUCAUUAGAUAUGCGGGCGGAUGGCACAGCGAUAUCGUUCUGGCAACAUGUGGGGGCACACUUGGCUUCGGAACCUCGUGUGGAUGGCUACAAGUACUGGAGUAGCUCUUCGCGUGGUGGAGAUGUGAUGAGUAUCAUCUACUUCGUAUCAUCUACUUCGAGUCUCUGGCGAGGAAUAUCUGCUUGCUUCUUGUGUUUCGAGUUUGCCGAUGCCGUUGGCCCUCGCAGACGGUUCAUUGGGCGUCAUGGAGCGAGUUGGGUUGGAUGAAUAAGUGUUCUCCAACGACGUUAGAAGCGCGCGGGGGCUUUUGGAAUCAGGUGAGAAAACCGCUCACGGCCGUGAUGUAUGAGGCCCAUGAGACGCCUAGACUCACACUGCGGGCCGUCGCGAUGGGCUUCAGCUUCGUAUAUGGCUCGCCUGGCCUGUCUCGUAGAUCACAGCUCAUGGGGGAAGAAGGUAGAAUAUAG